CACUUGUAGGCCUAAUGCUAAAACAUUUUGCCUGAUGGUUGAAUGAAACCACAAAAAAAUAAUAAAAAACAGAAAAAUUAUAAAAACCGGAAACCGAAAUUAGAGCACAGUUUUCACUGAGCUACGACCGUGCUUUCACCCCAUGGCACGCGUUAAAACCUACUUCGUCCCAUACCCUCUAUGAUGACAAUUAAUUAUUGUUAUUCUAAUCCUCCGUGACGUCACGCGACCUGUUGCUUCUCCCCAAGUACGAGCUUAACACAGUGAACACAGCAAGUAGGCCCGCGAGGUCCACCGUCUUAACAUCGACUUAACAACAGAAUAUCAGCUGCGUGUUGAGAACGAGAACUUCUCUGGCGACACCAGGUGUUUCAAGUCUCACCCACUUACUUGUGAAGUUAAAAGUCAACUGGAGAUGGAGUGACACGAACGCAGGAGACACAGCUGUCGAACAGUUUAUCUAACAAUAUCACGACAAAAACUUUGACAAACGUCGAGGCGCAUCAAGGUGAUACGUUCGAUUUUAGAACACAAGGAUCGAACGCCAUCGGGCUCCUUAACAUCGGGUGCCUCAGGGGUUGGACCAGAGCCACGACGUGUCACAUUACUAAUAGAGCUGUGGCUGACAGACGUCGACAAUGAGGCUGGCAAUCUUCACUCUACUGCUGGUAACUGGUGCCCUCUGUCGGUCUGAUGAGGAACUCCGGGAACAGUUAAUAGAUAUGCUGGAAGAUGCUUUCAAAGUUGACAAGUUCUCUGAUGGCAAGUUUGACGCUGGUGUUGAAGAAAAGGCUGAAGCUUGGCUGAAGGACUACAACACGAAGCUGGCUGUGAGGUCAGGGAUAGCGUGCAAUCUGAACUGGAACUACGAAACUAACAUAUCCAAUGCAAACGCUAAAAAGAUUGAGAAUAAUCAGGUUGAACAAGCGGAAUGGAAUCGAAAGAAGGCCCAGGAAGCCAGAGAAUGGUUGAAGAAGAAGACGUCUAAAUUUUCCGAAGACACUCUCCGGCAGUUUAAACUCAUUACAAUGGAUGCAAGUUUGCGGGACGAUGCCGACGUUAGACGCAUGUCCUACCUGCUGUCUCAGAUGGAAAGUAUAUACGACAAAGGCAAAGUGUGCCGGCCCCACUCCGAGGCCAGCUGCCUUCCGCUGGAACCGGACCUGGUCAACCUGAUGAUGACCAGCAGAGACUAUGACGAGCUGCUGUGGGCCUGGAAGAGCUGGCGUGACGUCACUGGGCCGCCCAUUAGGGACCUCUACCGGGAGUUUGUUGUCUUUCAAAAUAAGGCGGCAAAGGAGAACGGUUUUGCUGAUAUGGGAGAGUUUUGGAGAAUUUCGAAUUUUGAAGACAAAAAUUUAGAUAAGAUUGUUGACGGCCUGUUCGACCAAGUGAAGCCUUUAUACCAACAGCUUCACGCGUACGUGAGGAGGAAGCUGAUAAACCAGUACGGAGAGAAAUAUGUCAGUCCAACUGGCCCUAUCCCGGCGCAUUUACUGGGUAACAUGUGGGCACAACAAUGGGACCUUAUCUUAGACUUGCUGCAACCAUAUCCCAAUGUGCCAAGUGUUGACGUCACCAGUGCCUUGAAGAAACAAAACUACACCGUGCAAAAGAUGUUUAAAACAGCCGAGGCGUUCUUUUGUUCUCUCGGCAUGGAUAACAUGACAAAAGAGUUCUGGGAAAAGUCAAUGGUAGUCAAACCCACAGACGGCAGAGAAGUCCAGUGCCACGCCUCAGCGGAAGAUUUUCACAAUGCCAGCGAUUAUAGAAUAAAGAUGUGUACUGAGAUAGAUUAUGACAACCUGUACGUGAUCCACCACGAGAUGGGCCACGUCCAGUAUUACAUGCAGUACUCUCACCAGCCGGAUAUCUACAGGAACGGCGCCAAUGCAGGGUUCCAUGAGGCAGUGGGAGACACCAUUGCUUUGUCUGUAGCCACCCCCGAACAUCUGCAUAAGUUGAAAUUGUUGGAUGAUAUUGGGGAUGAUAAGGAAUUAAGGGAAAAGCAAGACUUGAAUUUCCUGAUGAAGAUGGCGCUACAGAAGCUGGCAUUUUUACCAUUUGGUCUCCUAAUUGACAAGUGGCGGUGGGAUGUGUUCAGGGGGCACACUAACGCCUCUAACUAUAACCAGAAGUGGUGGGACCUCAGGUUACGCUAUCAAGGUAUUGCUCCCCCUGUGCCACGUUCUGAGCUGGACUUUGACCCUGGUGCUAAGUUCCAUGUUCCAGCUAAUGUUCCGUAUAUUAGGUAUUUCGUCAGUUUCCUGAUCCAGUUUCAGUUCCAGAGAGCUCUAUGUGACGCCGCCGGUCAUACUGGCCCCAUACACCACUGCGACAUCUACCAGUCUACGGCAGCUGGGGAGAAACUGAAAAAAAUGUUGAGCCUGGGUUCCAGCAGACCUUGGCCCGAUGCCAUGGAAGUGUUGACAGGGCAGCGCGAGAUUGACCCAUCUGCCAUCUUGGAAUAUUUCAAGCCUCUUCAAGAUUUCUUGGUGAAAGAAAACAAGAACGAAAUCAUAGGAUGGGAAGAAAACUCGGAAGAUCUUAUGGCUGGCCUACAAGAUGACGCAUUAGAAGAAUUAAAGCAUUUAUUUGAAGAAUUAGAUAGUGAAUAGCUUUGUCUGGAUAAUUUUUAGAGGAAAUAUUACCAAAUUGGUGAAAAAAUCUACAGAAUGAAAUUAGUAAAUUAGGAAAAUGGUUUAUUUUUUCAAAGCGCAGGACGCAAUCAGACAUAUUUUUCAUAAUACCAAAGACAUAAAAAGCCCUCAGAUGUGUAUAUAUUGUUGAUGGGUGCCAUUAAGCUCCCCCCCCCCAACAUAAACUCUUACUGUGACCCUCAUGUCCUGCUACUGUCAGUGCAAUAUAUGGCGAAAGCUGUAUAUCCAAAAUGUAGCAAUAUAAUUUAUGAUUAUUUUUUUUAUUUGAUAUUUAAACGCCAUUAAGGAACGCUUGCAGUUCGGAGAAAAAUUCGGAAAUAUGCGUUAAACAAAAGUGUCUGUUAAGGCUACCAGAAUUUGAACCCGCCUUACUCUGGAGAGCAAAUAGGCCUGUAUCACAUUAUGUUCUUUCAAAGUAAGGUAGCACUAAGAAUAUUUUGAAACGGAACAUAUCAUCAAAUGUAUCAAGACGUGUUCAGGCUGAUUAAAAAUAAUCAGAUCUUUUGAAACAUUUGGAAUAGGCUAAUGUGCAUUAAUACCUAUUAAUUUUUUUUGUAAUUGCAUCAAAUUUUAUGAACUUUAAAACAAGUUAUUACGUCCAUUAAAACAAAGAUAAUGCAUUGGAAUAAUAUCUUGGAAUCAAAAUGGUCAUAUAAUGUUGUAACGCCCGUCUAAAGAUAUUCCCCUUGAUCACACGGCAUGUAUUAAUCUUACAACUGACGUGUAUAAAUCCAGUUAUUUUAUUUUGUUAGUAGGCGGACAGGUUAAAAUCAAAGGGAGUGAUGUGACAGUAGAAGUUGAUUAUGAAGAUUGCAAGUUCAAAGAAUAGUUCUACAUAUUUAAAAGAGUUUAAAAUGCUACCUGGGAUAUAUACAGAAUAGUUUUAUUUAGUAGGCAAAGUUUCAUUCAUAAUUUAUUGAUUUCAUAAUAUUAGUGAUUUCACGACGAACUUGAUUUAUUUCUAGCUAAUGAUUAAUUUGAAAUCUACUUUGCAAAUGUUAUUGAGUUCAGAGUGGAAGAACCAGAUCUGCCAGCGGUGGUGGCAUUAAGUGAAAUAAUUAAAUUGUUAAAUAUAUUUUCACUAUUGAAGUAUCAUUAUUUCUUGUUACACUUAUUUUAAGAUUAAGGUUUCACUUUAUUCAGAAAAAACAAGAUAAUACAUAUUAAAUAUUUAAAGGUGCAGAUUGAAAUGAUUGCAUUUUUAUAUUUAUGGUAUUAAUGGAUGAUUACUUCAUCUGUAUAAACAAAAUUGUUAUUCAGCAAUAAAAUGAUGGAAAG